UAGUCAUACUAGUAUACUACUCACAAUGAAUAAUGAUCUAUUAUACGAUUUCUUACAGUAGAAACCUAUACCGCCACCGCAGUACCUACUACCUACCGCCUAAUCAACUACAUUUAAUGUAGAAAACACGCAAUAACACAGUUAUUAAAACACGAUUCAUAAUGUACCAUACAUUUAUACUUUAUUGGCUAUUACUUUUGAUCACAAUAACGGCUACUUUCGACAAAAAAUAUCAGAUAAAAUUGCCCAAAGAUUCGUUUAGUAAAAACAUCAAUAACAUCAACAAACAUGGAUCCGAAAGAUCUUGUGGCGGGCAUAACAUCAAUUCAAAUAGCCAUCAGAAUGAACAUUAUACAAAAAUACCAUUGGACAUUAUAAUGGARCUAAACCAGGUUAACAGUGCUUCAGAAUUAUUUAGGAAGUUUAUGCCACAUAUCAAUAUUCAUGAAGUGUUGAAGUAUGAAACUAAUGGUGGUCAAAAUUCAACGAAAAUAAUUCCAAAAGCAGCAACUUGCACUACAGAAAAUCAAACAAUUAGUCUAAGAGAUGAUGAUAACCCAAGUUUAUACUAUUCGCCACCCUGUACACGAGUGAAGCGAUGCGGUGGUUGUUGUGGUAGCAGUUUGGUUUCUUGUCAACCGAUUGAAGUUGAAAUGCUCAAUUUUGAAGUCACCAUUCUACAAUAUAAUGAAACAUUCACUUUUAAAGAAAAGAARAUUAUCACUGUAGAGCAACAUGUGAAAUGUAAAUGCGAUUGUGUUGUAAAAGAGAAAGACUGUAAGCCCUAUCAAGUGUACAAUGCCAGAGAAUGUCAAUGCAUUUGUAAURAUUCAGAAGAAUGCGAAGAACAAGGAAAAAAGGUAUGGAAUUCAGACACUUGUUCAUGUCAAUGUGUUGAAGAGCAAGAAUGUACAACAGGUUACAAAUUCAAUUACAACACAUGCAGUUGUGAAUCAGCAUAGAUGAAGACAYUGUAAGGAUUCWWUCUUACAAUCUACAUAAGUACUUGCCCACGUAACCAUGAACUUUAUGAAGACUACUUUAUUCAUUAAAGUUAUCUAAAUUAAUAUAAGUAUAAAUUAUCAUUACCUAUAUAAAGGCAUAAAUAUACACUUAAUCAAUAAUUAAUAAUUAUGUAACAUAAAUUUAUCUUCGAAUAUCUAUUACAUUGGUAUUGGUAAUAUGACUAAAUAAUAGUUAUAAUAAGUUUUUAGUAUAAAUAGUUUUCAACAUUUACCUAUUUAAUAUUUAAAGAGUAUGAAAUAUGGCACUUCCUCCAAAUAAAACAAUGCACAAAGUAGAUCCUUACAUUUAUCAAUAAUUUAUGUCAUUAAUAGAAUCUAGUAUUGUUAUUAAUUAAAUACUACGAGACCUGUGUAUCAAYGUUUAGACUCAGUAUCCUGGUACUACUUACUUGCAUAUACAKUAAAACAUUUUUUAUAUAAGGAAUGUUUUCAUGGUUUGGUUAAAUAACUAUUAAAUUAGCAAAAAAAUAUAUCAAAAUAAUUCUAAUAAUGUAUGAGUAGGAGCAAAAAUAGGUUAUAUUUAAUUUUAAACAGUUUUCUGGAUUCCUCAUUAAAAUCUGCGUUAAAAAAUARUGUAUGUGAUUAAUAACAGUCCAGUGACUACUAGAGAUCAGCAACAGUCAGUCAUAAGAUAAAUAUUUCAGGUUAAUAAUUGAUUGGAUAGUUAUAGGUACUUGGUUUUGAAAUGGAUCGGUCAAAAUAAACCAUAUAAUGUACAUUYUAACAAAAAUUGUAAACAGUACAGUACAACAAUAUUUACAAUUAUGAACGGGGAAAGGUUGAGCAAGACUCAAAAUAAAAAAAACCAGCCGUGCUUAUCUCUUGAAAGUGGCUACUAGUUUGUAWGUUAAAAAAAGUAUAUGUUUAAUUAAUGUGGAUUUCUUAUCGUUUUAAGAGGACUCUACACAACCAUUUGUUUUCUCCAUCUUACAAGUGUAUAACAUUGCAAAUUUAAGCUUGGCAGAUCACGUUUAGUUCCUUUAGUUGAAAAACUAGAGUMAACUGGCCUAUUAGGAAACUUAAUGGUAAAAAUAUUAUCUGUAUUUGAAAGAGUGAUUUUUUUAUGAUAGUAAAUAUGUUCAUAACUCACUUAAAAACUAAGUUAUCGUAAAAAAAAGCCACAUAAAAACACAGAUAAUGUCCUAACCUUCAAGUUUUGUAAUACUUCAAUUUACUCAAAUUUUUAAACUAACGGAAUUAAACGUGRUCUGCURAUCAUACAUUUUCUAUGUUAUGCACUUAAAAAAUUUAGACAACAAAUAGUUGUGUAGURUCCUCUAAACAUAAACAUAUUGAAAAURAGAAUAUGGUAUAGAGACAAGAGACUUGGUAUAUUAUAUUAUGUAUACAUAUAUCAAGACUCCCUAGUAUAACUUAUUAAGAUGUUUAUGUAUAUAAAGGUAGUACUACAUUAUAUUCUUAAGUAAUAUUUUGUAUAAAUAUGUCAGGAACAUUAAAAUAAUAAGUAUGAUCUUUUAAUUUUGAAUCAAAUUUAAGAUUUAAUAAUCAAAAAAAUAUGCAUUAGAGGAAAAAACCAAUUAGAACAAAUGAACGUUAAAUAUUGUCAUUGAAAAUGAAWAUUAAAAAUUGGUUUCUGGUAUUAAACAUUGGGUUUAACAGUUUAACUUAUAAAUUCAGAGUGAAUGCACAUUAAAAAGUAAAAAUCC